AUGGAUGUGCAGGGUGCCUUUGAUGCUGUGCUGCGCAGGCGGCUGCUUCAGCGGAUGGCGCAGCAGGGGUGGCCACGCGAGCUGCUGCAGCUCAUUGACAGUUUCCUCACUGAACGCAGAGCUCAGGUCCGGCUGGAGGGGACCACCACAGCAGCACAUCAGAUGCAAUGUGGCACGCCACAGGGGUCUCCUUUGUCACCAAUACUGUUCCUUCUGUACCUGGCAGAGCUGCUGUGGCAAAACUCGGAGUUGCGCUUUGGCUAUGCGGAUGAUCUGAACAUCUGGCGGGCGACCCACUCACUUGACAACAAUGCCACCCUUCUCAGACAGGAUAUACAGAGUAUUCUGAGGUGGGGGAAGAUAAACAAGGUGGCCUUCGCACCAGAGAAACUUGAGAUGAUCCAUCUUACAAGAAAGCGACACAAUGAGGCACCAGCAGUAGUUGUGUCUGAGGACCUCACUGUUCACCCUGUUACUGCCCCAGCUGGACAGGAGCCAGCACUUCGCUGGCUGGGUGUACACUUCGACAGAAGGCUCACCUGGAGACCACAUGUCUCCACCCGGGCAAAGAAGGCAAGGGCCGUGGCCCAGCACAUCCGGAGUCUGGGAAAGACCAGAGACGGGCCCCCAGCAGACGCUCUGCGGAAGGCGGUCACCACCUGCGUGGUUCCCUCACUGCUCUAUGGCACAGAGGCCUGGUACGGCGGCCGCACGCAGCCAGCAAGGCACACGGGCAGGAGUGGGGAGGUUAGCUCCCGCCUGGGAUGGCAUGUGGGGACAGUUGAGAAGGUGCUUACUAUGGCAGCCAGAGGGGUCCUCCCAGUUUUCCGUACAACGCCCAUCGCUACCCUAUACCAGGAUGCUGGGCUCCCAUCAGCAAUGGUAGCUCUGGAGGAGGCCAAAAUUCGAUUCGCGACAAGGCUUCAGGUGGUGGAUGAGAAGCACCCACUGGCUUCACGGAUAGCACCUCCAAUGAUCACACGAGGAAGAGGGGCUGGAACCCGGCAGCGCUCAAAGAUCAAGAUCCAGCGGUUGGGGGCGCUGCUACCUGCAGUCAAUAGACCCACACUUGCCAUCCCACACUACUCAGAGGGAUGCGGGACAGACCCCACAGAGGGUGUAGACAAAAAGAGUGCUGUUCAGGCAUUCAAGAAAUGGUGGAGAAGUCAACCCUCAACAGAUUUAUAUGUUUUUUCAGAUGGAUCAGAACGGAACCUUGACAACAGCAGGCAGGUGGGCUAUGGCUUCAUAGUCUAUCAGGCAAAUAAACAGCUGGCCAUCAAUCAGCUGCGCUGA